CUUCCCCUCACUUCCGGCCAUGGCCAGGAGAGAAUGUUGCUACUGUACGAAGCUUCCAAGGACCGGUGUUUUGCUGACUUAAAAAACCGUUACGUACUGCUAUAUGUGGAAGGCCCCAGAUGUCAUGAAGGCCCCCCGACAAAGUAAAAAACAGAUGUUAUAGCUGAUCUUGAGAAGGUCAUCCCAAUAUGGCGGAGCAGGACAGCGAUCUGGCAGUACGGGACCCAGGCUACGGGGACGCCACCAUUCAAAGUCUGAAUCUGCUGAGGAAAGAUGAACAGUUGUGUGAUUUCACAAUACGUGCUGAGGACCGAGAGUUUAAGGUGCACAGGGCCCUGCUGGCGGCUGCCAGUGACUACUUCCGUGUCAUGUUCACUGGUCACAUGCGUGAGAGCAAUGAGAACUCUGUGGAAUUAAAGGGGAUGACGGCUGACUCCCUCCAGCAGAUCAUAGACUUCAUGUACUGUGGUGAAAUCAUUUUGAACUUUGACAAUUUGACCGAGGUUUUGAAUGCUGCCAGUCAUUUACAGGUCAACAGAGCAUUAGACCUGUGCUGUGACUUCAUCCAGUCCAAGUUGAACUUUGAAAAUGCGGAUGAACUUCUCCAGAUAGCAGACGUCUAUUCUCUGAACAAAGUCACGGACCACUUUGACGUCCAUAUUCUGGACAAUUUUGAGGCAUUCAGUAAAACUGAAAGUUUCAUCAACCUUGAUGCUAAGAAACUGAUACAGUACAUAUCGAGCGAUGCUCUAAAGAUAUCAUCGGAAUUCCGUCUGUAUGAGCUAGUCAAUCAAUGGCUACACCAUGAUAAAGCACGCUUUCAGCACGCUGAGAAAAUUAUGAGUCAUAUACAUUUUGCGUUAAUGACGCAGCCUCAGUUGCAAAAAGCGCGGGAGGACUACCUCAUGCGGACCAACACUAGGGUCACUCAGUACGUCAUCGAAGGUCUUAAAUAUGGCCUCGAUGUCUGCUGUCGCCAGCCUGUGAUUAACGAACGUUCUGAAAUUCGUACAACAAAAAAGAGCCUAGUGGUUAUUCACCAAGGUUCAGCAUUUCGCCCAUUCCAGGUGACAGCGUUCAACCAUGAGCGUGGACUGUUCUACAAGUUGUUCAGUAACACCAGUGGUAGCUGUGACUGUCGAGUGGCCGUCAUCGAUAACUUCAUAUACAUUUGUCGUAUUGUAGAUUUUGGGGGCGGAACACUGAUGAACUCCUUGUGUCGCUUUGACCCCCGCCAUUUGCAGGUCCAGGAGCUCUCCCCAAUGAAGAGACUGAGGUUAGACUCUGCACUCGUUGCAAUAGGCCAUAAGUUAUACGUGCUGGGAGGAGGCAGUGAGAAUCUGUUUGUGCUGGACUCGGUGGAGUGUUAUGAUGUCAACACCAACAUGUGGACAGACGAGAUCCCCCUUCUGGAGCCCACCCACUCCCAUGCAGCCACCGUCACUGAUGAUAAAAUCUACAUCUCAGGGGGUGUGUCCAGCACGGAUAGACAGCCCGUCAACACAUUUGCCAGUUUUGAUCUCACGACGCGCACGUGGGAAUCCAAACCUGGAAUUUUCUAUGCGCGACGACUGCAUGACAUGGUGGCCAUCGACAGGAAGAUCUUUGUUCUGGGCGGGAUAACCCGUCAUGGCGUCUCAAAUACUGGACAGACCCCCAUUGAGUGUUACGAUAUUCAGACAGAGCAGUGGACACUUCUUGCCCACACAUUCUCUGGACGAUCUAUAGGUCACUACAUAGCUAUGGAAGGCAAGAUCUACUCCAUAGGCAGAGAGCAUUACAGCGCGGCGGAGGACGAGAUCUGGGUGUAUGAUCUCCCUACUGACCAAUGGUCUAAGCUGGCCAAGGCUCCCAACCACAUGAAUCUUUCCUCGGCUGUCUGUACCAAACUGUUCAUUAAUUUUUCUGAUGAGAAUGUGGAACGUUUGAAGAUCUGAGAAAGUACACUUUAAAAAAAAAAAAAAUAUAUAUAUAUAUAUAGUCACUGCUAGGAUUAUAGGUGCUAAUCAUUACAAUUUGGACAAAGAAAAAUCAGUUCUCAAUUCAAAGUGUAGUGCACUUUAAAAACUUGCACAGAGCAACACAUUCUACAGGCAUGGACUUUUCUUGUGUAAUAAAUAACAAGCCAGAAAAGAAAUUCUUAUUUUAUAUUCUGCAGUCCA